AACAUUACGGCGGUGGACGUGCAAAAGUGAUGUUAUGUAUGCGAAGUUUUAUGCCGAAUUUUUAUAACUGCGUCGAAAUUUCCAACUGAAUUAAUUCUUCAGCUUAUUAACGCGAGUGGACUCCUAAUAGAGUUAUAAUUAAGUUGUGUUAGUUCAAGAAGCGUAUUGAGAUAAUUUAGUAUACGUGCGGUGUGUGGUUCGUUGCUAUAAGUGGUGGUGCAUUUUGUUUAUUUAUAGACCGUCGCAAUUUGCAGACAUGUAAUUAUUUUGGUGGCGCUAAAAUGUCUCAAAGGGAUACAGCAAUACAUCUUCUGGCCGGAGGAGUGGCCGGAACAGCGGGAGCGGUGGUGACAUGUCCACUAGAGGUGGUUAAAACCAGGCUACAGUCGUCCAAGGGUGUUGGGGUGCCGCCGACGCAGCCCCCGCCCUCCGACAGCAAUGCGGCAAAGGCCAAGAGAGGCUGCUCUAAAAUUCCUAAGCAUCAGGAGGUUAAAUGGGGCUACCGACGUACGAUGGGCGCCAUGUUCGCGUACAGCCAGCAGCCCGAUCGAAUGCUGAUGUCGUACAAUUGCCAGGUGCAGCCGUGCGCGCGCGUCGGCACCGCCCGACCUGUUUCGAGGAUGAGCCUUAUACAGUGCAUCAGACACAUUGUCCAAACUGAGGGCACAAAGGCGUUGUUCAAGGGCUUAGGGCCGAACAUUGUGGGCGUGGCUCCGUCCAGGGCUAUAUACUUCUGCACAUAUUCACAAGCCAAGGCUAUAUUGAACCAGAACAUAGCCCCCGACACGCCCAUAGUUCAUCUAUCGGCCGCUAGCGCUGCAGGUUUCGUGUCUUGCACAAUGACCAAUCCGAUAUGGUUCGUAAAAACGAGGCUGCAACUGGACGGACAGAACGUGACUGCCGUACAAUGUAUAAAAAGGAUAUAUGCUAAAUCGGGUAUUAUAGGCUUCUACAAAGGCAUAACGGCAUCCUACAUGGGCAUAAGCGAGACAGUAGUCCACUUCGUACUGUACGAGGGUGUGAAAGCGCGGUUAAUGGCGGCUCGGGCUCAAGACGGUGUACCGAGCGACGCUCGGACCCCGCGCGACUUCUUAGAGUUCAUGGCAGCGGGCGCCUUCUCCAAGACGGUCGCUUCUUGCAUCGCGUAUCCACAUGAGGUGGCGCGGACACGACUGAGGGAGGAAGGCGACAAGUACCGCAAAUUUUGGCAAACGCUGCACACUGUUUGGAUGGAGGAGGGCUGUCGUGGCGUCUAUAGGGGCCUCGGCAUACAACUCGUCCGCCAGAUCCCCAACACGGCGAUAAUGAUGUCCACAUACGAAGCUGUCGUGUACUUGCUCACGACCCAUUUCAACAGUUCCUUCUAUGAGAACACUUAGCUGAACCCGUUUGAGAUUACGUGUUGACAUUAGUCUAGGAUGCUCAGGAGUUUAACCAUGGAAUCAUAAAGGCUGGCUAGGAUUUUUAGUAGAGAUGCCAGUGUACCAAAAACUUACCCAGGGCACAGAAUAUAUAAUAGUACUAGGUACAGAAGAUUCACUAUCUAAUAAAACGCGACUACUACGCGCAAGGCGGCGUUGGCACGCGCUUGCACCCGCAGACGUCCGUUCCGUAGCGGUGCGCGGCAAUUACUAUGGCAAAACCUCAAAAUUGAGGCGGCCGCAGGUACUUGUAGCGACGCGACGAAAUCGCGGAGUGAGACACGCCUGCCCAGGGCUAGCACUGGUUAUCUUGAUUGGUGUAAGUCGCACCCGUUUACUUUUAAAUCAUUUGAAAGAAUUGGGUAGUGUUUCUUGCUUAAAACUUGAUUAGUGUAGCUAAGGACGAGUGUGAUUCUCUAACUUUGCUCUGGUAGAAAGUCGAUGUUUGAUCGGAAUUUGUACGGAAGUUUGGAAUCACAGUUCAGUGACAGCUACUGAUACAACUUUCUUACAGUCUAUAUAAUAAUCUGGCAUAAAGUACUGUAAAGUCUUAUUGAUAGAAGAUUAUGUUCCUACAGUUCUGGAUAAAUGUAGGAAUUUUAUAUAACAUCAGAAUGCAAUUGAUUCCUGUGUAGGCCUCAGUACAUCUCAUGAAUCGAAAACACAUCUUAUUCCUUAUAGAACCGUUAUAAGGUUUAGAAGUAUUAGUAACCUGAGCUACGUAAUUACUAGGAAUCUUAAAUAAUUUUUGUUAUUAAAAUCGGCUACACAGUUUGCCCUUGAUACCAAUAUUAAAUGUGUCUGAAACUGGAAACAUUAAACAUGUAAAUAAAAUAAAUUGUUUAUAUUUAACAGGUUCUGAUUGUAAUGUAACAUACAAGAUCUGGAACUGAUAAGUUAUUGCAUGGUUGUGUUACAAUGGUUAAUUGGUAUAAAUUGCUAGUGCGACUGAAAAAUGUAUAUAUGCAUUAUGCAACAGAGAACGAGCACAACAAUGAAAGGGAAGACAUUAUUUUCCUUGAUUAUGUUUCCAAAAGAAUAAUUAUAGUCAGUAGUCUAGUCUUGUGCUUUUUUGCUGUGCCUUGAUUUAGCCAUAAAAUUGAUAUAAAUAUUAAUUUAGUAUGUAGUACGCAAAACACCGUUUGGGCCAAAACAGGUUCAUUCCUUGUGUCAAACCACUUUUGGUUGCUUUUUAUGUUGUGUAUUUUUAUAUUAAAAAUCUUAACUAUAAAAAAUGCUUAGUUGGACCUUUAUGAAUGAUGCCAGUUUUUAUAUAUUUUAGUUAUAUGAAACAUCAUCCCAGUUAAAAAACAUUAUAAAAGCUUCUUAAUUCAGUACAUAGAUUCAGAUUGAGAUGUAUGUCAAUUAGUCAUUUUAAUUUUUAUUAUACAUCAAUACAAAGUUAUUUGUGUACUUUUGCCAUAUAUUAUAUUAUUUAUAUAUACGAAUGCACAGGCAGCUUAAAAUAGCUGAUAUGUGCAUAUCAAUGUCCUGCACUUGUGUUCUGUCCAUUCGUAAAAUGUUUGUCGAUUCGUGAUAUAUUGUUUUUUAUGUCAAGGUUUAACUAGAAUCUGAUAUUUUGUAAUGAGUGUCUAAAAAUAUUUCAUAACAAUCAAGGCCAUUACUUGUUGUACAAGAAAAUACAAUUCUUAACAUGUACUAAUCAAAAUUAUGUUUUGCAGUUCUUUUUAGGGCAAAUAUAGUAAGUUGUAAGCUGUGAUAUAUAGCUUGUAAAUACUAAUGCACAAGAUUGUAGAUUCUAUAUUCUCAAAAGUAAGCACAUCAUUUGAGAAACAUGUUUUUAUUGUUAAGUUUAAUUGUGUAUAGUUUUUCAUAUUCAGUCUACGGCGUAAGAUUGUGUUACUUGUACCAUUCGGGUGAGCUUUUCUAUUGUUAAAAAAAUCAUGGUUCCUUAUAAAUAGUAAAGAUCAUGGGCAAGCAGUAUGAUUGUUAAAUAAAAUAUUUUUAAAGGAAACAUUUGGACUUUGGACUGAGUAUAAAAUAUUAGUAAUUUUGUUUAAUGAAUAAAUAAUAAAAUGAAAA